GACAGAAAACAGCUGAAAGAAGAGAGAAGAGAGAGGAGGAGGAAGAGAGGAAGAGUUUCCACUGGGAACACUGGACUGAACUGGUGCAGGUGUGACCAGUCCAGAACCCCUUCUUCCAGUCUUCAGUAGUUCCACUGGUGCUGGUUCAUGGCCCAGGAAAGCCUCUUUUUCUGAUUCUGAAGCCUCAGCAGUGGCUUUAGCUGAAACUGGACCCAUCCAAACAAACAGACUCAAAAACAGAUGUUAUCCAACAACAAUAACCACCCUCAAUGCCAUAAAAAGCACAGUUCAGCACAACACAUAUAUACAGUAAUGGAGAUCAUGCAGUGAUAGAAUGAAUGGCUGUGUGUGUUUGAUUUUUAUAAUUAUUUAUUUACUAUUGUGAGGUUUGUGUCUGUUGUUUUUAUUUUGCACUGACUGGUUGACACUUUUUAAUUUCGUUGUACGUUUCAUGUUACAAUGACAAUAAAGACUCUUCUAUUAAUAACCUUGAUUGAAAGGAGGAUAAAAGAAUGUUUAAACCGGUUGAACCUGCACAGCAGGACUCUGUACCUUCUGUCUGAAGUCAACAGAACACACUCUGGAAACAGGACAUGUGAUGGUGGUCUGUAUUUAAGCCUUGCGUCAUGAGUGGACCAGAGGUCCCCAUGGUCUUCCUUUCCAUCUUCACCAGAUAUGGCUGCUGCCGGUUGGGUCCAAUCUGAAGACCAGUUCCUGUGUUCCAUCUGUCUGGAGGUCUUCACUGAUCCAGUCAGCACACCAUGUGGACACAACUUCUGCAGAUCCUGCAUCUUUGAACACUGGGAUAAUAAUGAAAUCUACCAGUGUCCCAUGUGUCAAAAAGCUUUUGACCCACGACCUGAGUUGUACGUCAACACGUUCAUCUCACAGAUGGUGGCUCAGUUCAGACUUAAAGUUCAACACAAACCAAACAUCUCCAGCUCAGACCAACAAGCUGCCAAACCAGGAGAAGUUCCCUGUGACGUCUGCACUGGAACCAAACUGAAGGCCCUGAAGUCCUGCCUGGUGUGUCUGACCUCCUACUGUCAGACUCAUCUGGAACCUCAUCUGACACUUUCAGGACUGAAAAGACAUCAGCUGAUCCACCCUGUGGAGAACCUGGAAGGCAGGAUGUGUAGGAAACAUGACAAACCUCUGGAGGUGUUCUGUAAAACCGACCACACGUGUAUCUGUCACCACUGCACCUACUCAGACCACAGAAGUCAUGACAUUGCUCCUCUGAAAGAAGAACAUGAAGAACAGAAGCCAGAGCUGAAGAAGACAGCGGCUGAAAUUAAACAGAUGAUCCAGGAGAGACGACUGAAGAUCCAGGAGAUCCAACGGUCAGUGGAGCUCAGUAAGAACGCUGCAGACACAGAGACAGCAGAAGGUGUGAAGGUCUGCACUGCUCUGGUGGAGUCUGUUCAGAGAAGUCUGGACCAGUUCUUAGAGAAGAUCCAAGAAAAGCAGAGGAGCACCAAGAAACAGGCUGAAGACUUCAUCAAAGAGCUGGAGCAGGAAAUCUGUGAGCUGGAGAAGAGAAGCACUGAGGUGAAGCAGCUCUCAGGCUGUGAAGACCACCUCCACUUUGUCCAGAGGUUCACAUGUGUCAAAGCUGCUCCACCCAUGAAGACCUGGACCAAGGUCAGCGUCCGUCCACCAUCAUAUGAGGGGACUGUGGUGAGAGCUGUGUCUGAGCUGAAGGACAAACUCACAGAAGACAUGAAGAAGGUGGUUAAAGCUGAGCUGAAGAGAGUCCAACAGUAUGAGGUGGAUCUGACUCUGGAUCCAGAUACUGCACAUCCUAGACUCAUCCUGUCUGAUGAUGGAAAACAGGUUCAUACUGGUGAUGAAAUGAAGAACCUUCGAGACAAACCACAGAGGUUUUCUAAAUGUCAUUGCAUCUUAGCGAAGCAGAGUUUCUCUUCAGGCAGGUUUUACUUUGAGGUUCAGGUUAAAGGAAAAACUGACUGGGAUUUAGGAGUGGUCAGAGAGUCCAUCAACAGGAAAGGAGUGAUCAGACUGAGACCUCAGAACGGAUGCUGGACCAUCUGUUUGAGAAAUGGAAAUCAGUACUAUGCUUGGGCUGAUCCUCCUGUCCGUCCUUCUGUGCAGUCUGGUCUUCAGAAGGUGGGGGUGUUUGUGGAUUAUGAGGAGGGUCUGGUCUCCUUUUAUGACGUAGGUUCUUCAGUUCUCAUCUACUCCUUCAUUGGCUGCUGCUUCAAUCAUCAACUCCUCCCGUACUUCAAUCCAGGUCUGAAUGCUGGAGGUCCAAACUCUGCUCCUCUGAUCAUCACUCCUGUCCACACUGAGUAAGAAACUCAUCAGAUGUACAGAUUUUCUCUGAUUUACUGGAGUCACCAAACUUAGUGAUGAUGUAAACUGUCUGAACGUGUAUGAAUCUGGAUCCAAAUGAACUGAAAUAUGAACAUUAGUGCUGAGAAGAAUCCUGGUUUGACUCAUUCUGAUGCCUGUGAUUUAAUCCAAUGAUAAUGAUGGUGUUUGAAUGUGAACUGGAAUUCAAGUGUUGGGAUUGGGAACGUGUUUCCAUGAUGGGAUUGAUUUGAUACAUUUAAAUGAUAGAAGUGUUCAGGAGAAUUCACUAUUCAAUAAUAACAGUAAAGAUUCUGUUCAUCAGCUGUAAUAAAUACACUCAUAUACUGUCUUCAUUUGAAAUCAGAAAAACCAUUAAAUAUUAAAUGUUUGCUGAGUUGUUUUCUGUUUGUUCACAGACAAACACAUGUAAUUAUUGUAAACACUGUAAUUAUUUUCAAAUCAGCUCAGA